AUGCACCGAGGUGUGCCAGGACCAGGCCUCAGGGGCCCGAAGGGGGCAGAGGGCUCUGCCAAGGACUUGGGGGGCUCCUGCCUGGAGGCCGGGAAGGAUUUUGGGGUGCUGAGGGAGAACGGAGUCCCUCGCGGCCUGGGCGAGGCAGAGGAGGUGCCCAACAGUAGAAAGCGCGCGCGACCCGUGCGGUCCAAAGCGCGGCGCGUGGCGGCCAACGUGCGGGAGCGCAAGCGCAUCCUGGACUACAACGAGGCUUUCAACGCGCUGCGCCGGGCGCUGCGGCACGACCUCGGGGGCAAGAGGCUUUCCAAGAUCGCCACGCUGCGCAGGGCCAUCCACCGCAUCACUGCGCUCUCCCUGGUCCUGCGCGCCAGCCCCCCGCCCCGCUGGCCCUGCGCGCAUCUGGAGUGCCACGGCCAGGCGGAGAGCGCCGGGGACGCUGGGGACGCGGGUUCCAGCCGGCCGCCGUCCUCCGGGCUCUUCACACCGCGCUGUGCCCCUUGCUCCCCGCACACGCCCCUGGGACGGCCAGUGACCGAGGCACAGAGUUUGGCCCAGGCCUCCACUGGGAGCUGGCGCCGGUGUCCGGGGGCAUCCUUUGCCUGGCCGCUGGGCCACCCACGGGCGGAUUCCGAGCCGAGCUACCAGCACUCCUGA